UGAAAACUCGCGCCCACACACACACACACACACGACUGAGUCGACCCUGAAGCAGCUGCUGUCGCCUGCGCUGCUGUCACCUGCCCGCCCCUCCGCGGUGUGUCGACGGCACUCCUUGUGUCCUUGCGUGGCUCGCUUACUCUCCAGUCCAGUUCAGUCCAGCCCUCGUCCUCGUCCUCGCUGCAGCGAUGAUCUACAACUUUUACCUGUACAAUCGCCAAGGCGUUUGUUUGUAUCAGAAGGACUUGAAGCGAGGAUCGAAGCAACAACGCAGCGACACAGACAAGUUGCUGUAUGGCCUCUUGUACUCGUUGAAAAAGUUCGCAGAGAAGAUCUCACCCAACGACAAGAAGCGGUUUCGGUCAUACAAGACAGCGACGUACAAGUUGCACUGCUUUGAAACACCAACCGGGCUCAAGUUUGUCAUGUGCACCGACCUCUCCGUCGGCAACAUUGACCGCGACCUCGAACACAUCUUCGCACACAUUUACGUGCCGCACGUGGUGAGGAAUCCCCUGGCGGAGCUCCACGUGCCAAUGACACCAACAACUACAAUGCAGCCAUUACCAUCCUCAUCAUCAUCAUCAGGGAAGGAGGAGGAGGCUUCAGAUGCCGUGACGGCGACACAGCUACAGGAGCAGCAAGUGCAAGCGGCAGCAGCAGCGUCUGGGUUUGAUGCUGCCCUCUCAGCCUUUCUCUCCUCCCUCAAAUACUACUAGCCUGCGUGCGUGCAGGUGCGUAUGGAUGUGUUUGUGUGCGUGUGUAUGUGUGCGUAUGGGCGCGGGUGUUUGUAUGUGUGUGUGUGUGCGGGUGUGUGCGCGUGUGAACACGUGUGUGUGCGCGUGUGAACACGUAUAUGAGAGUGUGUAUAUGUAAGUUCUCUCCCUUCUUCUUUUCUUGCCCCCUCUGCCCCCCUCUUCUUCUGUCUCUCCCUGUCUCCCUUUUGCCGUUUUCUUCAUUCUUCCCAUUCCCCUCGCCCCCCCCGUCUUCCUGUCUCCCUUCCCCGUUGUCGGCGCCCCCUCGCAUGAUGUGCACACGCGUCUACAUUUUAGGCAGGUGUUACUCUUCCCCUUGUUGCAUUGUUGUUAUUCUCAGUGCUUUCCCUCAUUUGUUUUGAUGCCGAGCUUCUGGCGUCUCCAUUGAAGCAUGUCAAUGUACACGAUGAUCUUUGGUGUUUUGGUCGUUUGUAUGCAUG